UUAAGUAAAAAGACACUCACCCAAAAGUAAUCGGCGAAAUCCACAGUCAUGUUGAAACUGCGAUCAGACCAUCAUAAUUUAUCUUGUGAUGUAUCAGAUGAAACUGCACCGUUAAUAACGAAUCAUUGACACACACAUACACACACAAGAGUACCCGAUGCAACGUUCGAACCGUAUGACAGACACGACGAGACGUAACUCAAUUUACGACGAACUUAACGUAACGUUUUCGUACUCGGAUGUUUCGAGCAGACGAACGCGCUCGACCACGGAGACACGGUUCAACUUAUUUCAACUAUCUUCGUUGUUCACCUCUCUUUCUCUUCCUCUUCUUUUCGUAAAUGGCGUUUUACGCCAUCUUUAUUAGCUUCAACCAAGGUAGGAAGACAAAGUCGUCGGUAAAAAGAACAUUCCUUUUCAUGAUUUCUAGCGCUACCUGUUUUUAUUACAAAACUACAGUGACUAAAGAUCUAUAAAAACUGGAUAUCCCUUUGUUCUCAAGGGCUUUUGAAUUUGUGUCACGAAAACGAGCACCAUUUGCUCUAUCUUAUCGUUAGUAUAAAAAUGUUAAACACUUUGCGCUGCAACAAUCUAAUGCGCCUUGACGAUGAUAAAGAAAAAUCAAAAAAUGGCACAGGUGCUUUAAAGGAAGAAUUUAAUCCUACUGAACAUCAACAUAUUCGAUAUAAUCCCUUAAAGGGAGAAUGGGUACUAGUGUCCCCUCAUCGAAUGAAAAGACCAUGGGGAGGACAUGUAGAACCAAAUAUAGAAGAAGACCUCCCAGAUUAUGAUCCUGAUAACCCACUUUGCCCAGGCAAUAUUAGAGCUAGCGGACAGAUUACUCCAAUGUAUGAAAACACAUAUUCAUUUGUUAAUGAUUUUCCUGCACUAUUAGAAUCAGUUCCUAGUCCAUCAAAGUCAGAAGAUGAAUUAUUUCAAAUGGAUGCUGCCAGAGGUACUUGUAAAGUAAUGUGUUUUCAUCCAAAAUCUAAUGUUACAGUAGCACUUAUGGAAGUUUCUGAAAUCAAAGAAGUGAUUAAAAGAUGGAUCUCUGAAAUGCUUGAACUAGGAGAAAAAUGGACAUGGGUCCAAAUUUUUGAAAAUCGGGGUGCUUUAAUGGGAUGCAGUAAUACACACCCUCAUUGUCAAAUUUGGGCUAGUUCUUUCUUACCAAAUGAAGCUAAAAUAAAAGAUAGAUUUCUCAGUGAUUAUUAUAAUCGUAAGAAGAAACCACUUCUUAUAGAUUAUAUGCAGAAAGAACUUCUUAAGAAGGAACGUGUUGUAUUUGAAACUCGAGAUUGGGUAGUUUUAGUACCAUUUUGGGCAAUAUGGCCAUAUGAAACUAUGGUUCUACCCAAAAAACAAGUAUCUAGAAUGCAGGAUUUAACAGAAUGUCAACAAGAAUCAUUGGCAGUUGCUAUGAAAAGAUUAUGUACAAAAUAUGAUAAUUUAUUUCAAUGUUCUUUUCCUUAUUCUAUGGGAUGGCAUGGUGCACCCACUGGCCAAUAUAUAAGAGAAGAUUUUCCUUACUGGACUUUUCAUGGAAUUUACUUACCUCCUUUACUGCGUUCUGCAACUAUAAAAAAACAUAUGGUUGGGUAUGAACUUCUUGCCCAAGCACAGAGAGAUUUAACACCAGAACAGGCAGCAGAUAAAUUGAGAAAUUUAUCAGAUUCUCACUACAAACAUCCAGAAACAAGUUUAACUAGUUUAGAAAUAGAAAAAUAUACUGAAUGAAUUAACUUACUUUACAUACAACAAUAUAUUUUU